UUGCGUCAUGUCAGUUGUGGAGUUGUGCGGCUGAUGCAAGGUUGGUAAGAAGUUAUAGAGUCAGAUCAUCCGUUUUGAGUGGAUUUUUGUAGCGGUGCAAGAUUAUAUAACGCUAUGGCCUGGAGUGGUCGGCUUGUGCACCGAGGUGUGCCAGGGAUAGCUCGGUGCUUUCACGCGUCCAGCGUUGCAAACGGACCGAGGGUACUCAUAACAGGUGUGCAGGGACAGCUGGGGGCCCCGCUGGCGGAGGAACUCAGAAAGAAGUACGGACGGGAUAAUGUGAUCGCUACAGGGCGGAGAUUUCCGGACGCAGAGCUAGAGGCGAGCGGCCCGUACAAGUUCCUGGACGUGAUGAAUAUGGACAUGAUGCGCCAGUUCGUCGUGAAUCAUCGCAUUGACUUGUGAUCGGCGAAUCCAACGUGCCUUUGGCUAUCCAGAUUAACAUCGAGUCCGUGCACAACAUGCUGGAGCUGUGCAAGAACUACAACCUGAGGCUCUUCCUACCGUCCACCAUCGGCGCCUUCGGCCCCACCUCCCCGCGGAACCCCACCCCGGACCUCUGCAUCCAGCGGCCACGGACCAUCUACGGGGUGGCCAAGGUGCACGCGGAACUUAUGGGAGAGUACUACAACCACAGGUUCGGGCUGGAUUUCCGGAGCGCACGCUUCCCAGGAGUCAUUUCGGCCGACACCAUGCCGGGCGGAGGAACCACAGAUUAUGCAGUAGCGAUCUUCCACGACGCCAUCCAGACGGGAAAGUUUGAGUGUUACCUGCGGCCGGAUACGCGACUGCCCAUGAUGUACCUACCCGACUGCAUCCGGGCUACUGUCGAGAUGCUGGAGGCCCCGGAUGAAGACUGGAAGCUGCGCACGUACAACAUCACAGCUAUGAGCUUCACACCAGAGGAGAUUGCAGAGGAACUGAAGAAACACAUCCCCAACUUGGAGGUCACCUAUAAACCGGACGACAGACAACAGAUCGCUGACACCUGGCCGGAAGUGUUCGAUGACAGCGGUGCGCGGAAUGACCUUGGGUGGAACCACGAGUAUGACCUUGCGAAGAUGGUGGAAACCAUGGUGACGCGUCUCAGGCAGAAGUACGGCAAAUAGCACGUUGUCAUGGCAACAAAGAGGGUCAAAGGCCAAACAUCACCGUCGGCGUAAAAAGAAGUUUUAAACAUGCAAUCUUGAUAAUUCGUUGUGGGAACAGUGUAAUGUUUCUAACUAUAUAUUAAUAAAUAGAACAAGUAGAUAGGUAGAUAUAUGAAACCACAUGAAAAAGAUAUUCAAGCACGAAUUUUUAUUGUCCAUUUUAUAUAAAUUCUAGAGAUUGAUUAGUUUUUGAACUGCUUACAAUAAAAAAGAUUAUUUACCCAUCUGAA